GUUUGGGUUGUAUUUCAUGACCUUCUCCUGUGAGGACAAAAUAUUUUUGUAAUAUUUUCCUUUAUAUUUGUUGUUUAUUAGCUGUGAUAGUGCCAUUGAGUGACAGGGUCAGUUUCAAGCACCUGCAUCCGCUUGUACCAUGGCAUCAAGGGUUCUCCUGGGCCAGAGGAAGGCAGUGAUUUGUUAUCUUCCGAAUCUCCGUGCAGCUGUUCGCCAUUUUAGAGCAUUUUCUUCGUACGAGCAAAGCCAGGCAUCGACUUUCCAGUUUUCAGCAUACAACGGUCAGUUAUUCAGCCAAAAUGGCCAAGACGACUACGAUCCAUCUGACCGUGCACUAGGCCCAUUUGCUGCCCCUGAUAGCCGGUUCCCGCUGCCAGGCCUCACCGGGACGGGAAGCCACAUGAAAAAGUCCCAGAGUCUGCCCCUUCCAGAGACGGUGGACCCGGAUGCGCUGAUAAACCAGCAGUUUACGAUGGAUAGACAUGGAUCUUUGUUUGAGGAGUGGCUCCGCAAUACAAAACGACAUGAGAAUGAAGACAUCCUUCCAUCCCAGCCUUACCCUUCUGACAAGUUGGAAUGUGUUGCCCAGGAAUGCCCUGCACUCCUGAAAAAAGACUUUCAGGAAUUGUUCCCAGACCGUGACUUGCGUCAUUGUAACGUGACGGUACUGACCAUCAGUCAAAAAACUGAAAAUGACAUGACAGCCUGGAGUCCUGAUGUUGAAGAAGAACGCGAAACUCUCCUGAAACAGUUUAUAACUGGGGCCCAAGAGAUCUGUGAGACUUUAAAAAAUGCUGGUUACUGGGGGGACUUCAUUGACCCCUCUUCUGGCAGACCGUACCUUGGUGCCUACACGAAUGCCACAUUCUUCGAGACAGACGAUCGCUACAGAAAGCUGGGAUUUGAAAUCGAGGACUUAGGAUGCUGCAAAGUCAUCUCGCAUCAUCUUUGGGGGACGCACGCUUACGUCGGAUCACUGUUCACGGAUGCCCCAAUGAACCAUCCAGUGAUUUUGGAUCUGAUGCUCAAAGAAAAAGAAAACCCCAAGAAAAAAUCAUCAUAGUUUGGAAAUCGGACACUUAAAUUGCACCCUGGUGAAUCACCGAUUAUCUGGGGUGAAUUGCUAGUUAUUGUUGCUGUAGCAUUGAUAUAUCUUGAUAGUUGUCAUAAAGCUCUUGGAGGAAAAAACGAGUCUGCUUUUAUCUCAGGACUGAUGCUGGUACCAGUACAUGUACGGGGUGUACUUUGUGGGAGUUUGGCCACUUGAUGAGUUCGUUGUUAAGGCUUCGAUGUUGAGACUUAACUAUGGCAGUAGAUGUUAUAAGAUGUGUUGUUCAUACUAGGCCUUACUCUUGACUGCAGGUUUUAAGUGGAAUUGUGCUUUGAUAUUUAAGUUAACAGCUUUUUCCAAGAUGAUAUUUACAAUUUGUGUAUGUGCUUCUGCUAGAUUUCCGCAUUUGUAUGUAUUGCAGCUGUUGAAGCAAUAGCAGUGGAACAGUCAGGGUUUUAACUUCAAGUUUUAGUAGCGCUCAGCAAGUUCACACGAUUAUGUUUUUUGCAUGGGUGCAGGGUGCAAUGUGGUAUUAACUGGGGUAACACUCUGUGAGAUUACCAGUUUGGGGUAACUAGGUUGGUGUAUAUGUAAAGGUUACUUAAAAAAGUAUUAGAAUAAGUCGUGAUUUCUUCAUCGUCAGUUGAUGUCGCUGUAGCGCUUGCCCUACAAGUGGAUAUUGUAGUGUCUAGCCCUGCCAGCAAUAAAGUAUAUUGAAAUAGAA